UGACUAUCAUGUAACUGACAGCUAAGCCGCCAGGACGUUCUCAACGCUGUUGGUGAAUAGCCGCUGCUACGCUGACGGGAAGCAGCCACAGAAGGGGUCGGCAGUGGCGGAGGAGUGACAGUGUGGAGUUAGUCCUCUAGAUUUACUUCCAUUGACAGUGUCAACGCUUCUUAACAAAACCAGGAAGGGACGGGGGAAAGGGGGAGAAAUAGGGAAAGAUGGCGGCCGCGGCCUCGCCGGGCUCCGGCUCGUCCACCCCCUCGGACUGGAUUGUACGGAGAGACGGCUGCCUGCGUUGCGACGAGGAGGGCCUGCGAAGCCUCUCCUACCACCCGACCCUCAACGCUAUCCUCGCCGUCACCAGCCAAGGGGGCAUCAAAGUCAUCGACGGCACCUCCGGGGCCAUUCUCCAGGCGUCCACGCCGCACGUUAAACCCGGUGGCCGUGUCCACUGUCAGUACUUUCCUGCCGUGGAUAAGGUGCUUUUUGUUGACGACUGUGCAGUGGGAUGCAGGAAGGACCUGAAUGGCAUCCUGCUGUUGGACACAGCCCUCCAACCACCAGUUGCCAAACCUGAGGAUCUGGUUCAGAUGGAGCUUCCUGUCACCGAGGCCCAACAGUUGCUGUCAGCCUGUCAGGAGAAGAUAGACGUGUCCACCACAAAGGGCUACGAACUCUUUAUUGUACAGCUUAAAGAGGGCCUGAAAAAUACCUCACAUGAGACAGCAGCCAAUCACAAAGUGGCCAAGUGGGCAACGGUAACCUUCCAACUUCCUCACCACAUACUGAAGCUGGUUGCUAGUGCCAUUGUCAGUGAGCUGAAGAAGAUCAACCAGAACAUUGCUGCAUUGUCUGUGGCCUCAUCCAUCAUGGACAGACUCUCCUACCUCUUGUCAAGCGCCCGGCCUGAACUCGGCGUGGGCCCUGGGCGCUCUGUAGAUAGAUCUUUAAUGUACAGUGAGGCCAACAGAAGGGAGACGUUUACAUCGUGGCCACAUGCUGGUUACCGGUGGGCUCAGCCUGAUCCAAUGGCCCAGGCAGGGUUUUACCACCAGCCUGCCUCAACAGGGGAUGACCGAGCCAUGUGUUUCACUUGCAGUGUGUGUUUGGUAUGUUGGGAACCUACAGAUGAGCCGUGGUCUGAACAUGAGCGACAUUCCCCCAACUGUCCGUUUGUAAAGGGAGAACAUACACAAAAUGUUCCCUUGUCAGUGACACUGGCAACCAGUCCUGCCCAGUAUCCCAACAGUCCUGACUGUUCGGACAAAAUAGCCUGCUACGGUUUUGGCAGCUGCCCGCAGUUUCUGGCUGUCGCAACAAAGAGGGGCAAACUAUGUAUUUGGGAUGUCUCAAAAAUGAUGAAGGUACAUCUGAAGUUUGAUAUUAACCCGUAUGACCCAGCCAUCCUGAGGCAGCUGAUUCUGUGUGGUGGGGAGCACAGCCAGCAGACACUCGCCGAGUCUCGCCCACCAACUUUGGCCUGGCUGGAGGAAGCUUCCUCCUGCUCAGACCUGCCCAAGCUGGAAGGAGACAGUGAUGAACAGUUGGAGGACUCCGACAGUGAUGAACAUUCCCGGUCCGAGUCAAUAACUGGCCAAGCGUCUCAGUGGGAGAGCAUGGACGUGAGCCUCGGAGUGACAGCGCUCAGCGUACUUCAGCAGCCAGAGGCGUUCCAGUGGGCGGUGGUGGCAAGUGUGCUGAAAGACACAGUCAAAGACUUGGAAGAACUGGGUGCCAAACCUUCAGUGAAUCAAGCCAAGGCCCACAACCAGGCCAAAGCAAAGGACAAGGUCCAGGAGCACCAUAACAUUCCUUUCCCCUGCUUGCUGGCUGGAGGCCUGCUCACCUACCGCUCAAUAUCUGGCAACUCCACGACUGGCCUGAAUGCCACUGUGCCGUCUUCAGAUCGCAGUGUAUCAGAUAGUUCCUGUCGAACUCAGGGUCCUGACCCCUUCCAACACGGGCCUCUUCAGGAUCAAGGUCCCAUGGAAAUAGACACUUGUAAUUCACAGACUGCUGCUCCGGAGCAAGGCUUCUCUAACUUGGUAGGUUCUCACCCUCCAAGUUCCUCUUCUCUGUCGCCUGUGCACCGGACUAUACCUGUGCUGUUAUUGUACAGUAUCAGAGAGACGGAUGACAAGACAUCAGGGCAGGUGUUUGCUCAGAUGAACAACCUGAUGAGCAAGGGGCUCCAUGACGAGGGCUUUACUGUGCCACAGAUAAUAGAGAUGGAGUUUGACUCACAUGAGCAGCUUCUUCUCCAAGAUCCUCCGAUCACGUACAUUCAACAGUUUGCUGACGCAGCAACUAAUCUGGCUGGUUUUGACGGUCAGAUGGACAAAUGGAGCACGUUAGCUGCGGCAACUUCCUCUUCUCCGCCUCGACCCGGAGCGCUAGUGCAGUGCUUGAAGUUGCCCAAACAACUGGAAGAGGAGAAUCUUUGCGUGGACUCGAUAACGCAAUGCUUGGAUGGCGUCCAUCUUCUCAUCGUGCUGCAGCCGUGCAAUGCUGAAUCUCUGAGUGCAACAAACCAAGUUGAAGCUCUGAACAAUCUCAACCGCCUGCACUCUGCCCUCUGCAGUCAGCAGAAAGGUGAGCUCCGACAUCCAGUAGCUAAUGGAGUUGAAGACAACCACCAAGAGGGUACACCACCUCAGUCAACACUCAUCCUACCUUCAGGGGAUCAUCAUCAUCAGCAGCAGCAGCAGCAGCAAACAUGCCCGAGCGUAGGAGGCUAUCUUGUACUAUAUGAACUGAACUACUCUACCCGUAUUGUAACCUUGUAUGAGGAACCUGUUAAAGUGCAGCAGAUAAGUCAACCCUGUGACGCAAUUACCUCACUAAUAUUGCUUCCUCCAGAUUUACUUGAUAGCCGGGAAGAUGAUAGUGAGGAGACUCCUGAGGAGACUCCCUCUGGUUCUAAAAAUGGCACAUCACAGUUUGGAACUAGCCUUACAGUGUCUGACGGUUCUUUGUCACGCAGCGCAUGUGCUGCAGCUGCAAGCACUACCUUUGGCUCAGGCCAUAAAGAGUCCAAAACACCAGACGUAGAUGGUGUUGGCCACAUGGUGGUCACCACACAGGCUGGGAAUAUUAUGAUCCUGGACUUGUCCUCGUUGGAGGUUCUAACUAAGGUGGAUCCACCAAAAAAAGAGGGUUCAUUGGAAGAGGUUGACCCCUUUGUCUCUGUUACUUAUUGCUCUGGGACUGACCGCCUUUGUGCCUGCACUAAAGGUGGAGAACUUCAUUUCCUUCAAAUUGGAGGUGCGUGUGAUGAUCUCGAUGAUGGCGACAUGUUCAUUGAUGGCCCCAUUUCUAAAGGGGCUGAACUGUUGCUGGAGGGGACCAGGCCUUCUUCCAAUCCUUCAAGCCCAGGGAUCACAGGAGUUGACCUCCUGGUGGACCAGCCGUUGACCACAGAAAGCUUGACGUCCCUGGUGGAGUUGACACGCUUUGAAACGUUGACGCCCCGCUUCUCAGCCACGGUGCCGCCAUGCUGGGUGGAAGUACAGCAGGAGCAGCAGCAACGACGCCACCCGCAGCACCUUCACCAACAGCACCAUGGAGAUGCAGCCCAGCACACUCGCACCUGGAAGCUUCAGAGUGAUAGUUCCAGCUGGGAUGAGCAUGUCUUUGAACUGGUGCUGCCCAAGGCCUGCAUGGUGGGCCAUGUGGACUUCAAGUUUGUCCUAAAUGCCAACAUUGUCAACAUUCCUCAGAUCCAGAUCACUUUAUUGAAGAAUAAAGCCCCCGGCCUGGGCAAAGUUCAUGAAACAGCAGUAGACAGACAGAUCACAUUCCCCCUGUCCAAUGUCCUCCAUGCCAACGGGGAGAAGAAUGGUCGGCCUUCCAUGCAGGACUUUGCCGAGGACAUCCAAUUUAUGGACACUCAGGAAGCUUCAGGCUCCAUGUUGUGUCCAUUUUUGGAAGAGCACAAGGAGGACAUCCUGUGUGGACCAGUUUGGCUUGCCAGUGGGCUGGACCUCUCUGGUCAUCGAGGCAUGCUAAGCCUCACCAGCCCAAAGUUGGUCAAAGGAAUGUCGGGUGGAAAGUACCGCUCCUUCCUCGUUCACAUCAAGGCAGUGAGUGACAAGAACAUGGAAGACAACCCUAGACCCAUGGUGAGAAUGCCCAGUGCCAAGCCGCAGUGCUCCAAAUCUCAUUCACUGUCCACUCUGCUGCAAAGGGCUCAGUCCUCCAAGGAAAAGGCAUCUGUCAUUAAAGCAGAAACCCAAGCAUCAUCCAAAAAAGUUGAAAAUCUACAUGGCUGCGAUCUGCUGCAGGAAGUGUCCGUCACAAUCAGGAAGUUCAAGAAGACGUCUGUUCCAAAAGAGAGGGUGCAGCGUUGUGCAAUGCUGCAAUUCCCAGACUUCCACGAGAAGCUGCUGGAUGCGCUGUGUCAACGGAUAGAGGGUGGCCUCUCUUCAGAACACGCUCAAGGCCUUAUCCUGGACAUUCUGUGCUGGUUGGCAGGUGUUUUUUCUAAUGGCCCCUGCAGCUUACAUGAAGGAAAGGAAGGGCUGCUGCUCAAAACCAGGGUGAGGCUGAUGGAGAUUGUUGCAGUGUGUUUCUUUGAGGCUGGGAGGAGCAUAGCUCACAAGUGUUCCCGCUUUCUUGCACUUUGCAUCAGUAAUGGAAAAGGAGAUCUGAGUCAACACGGUUUUGGCACAAGCCUUCUUAAGGCCUUGCUGGAAAAUAUGUGUGACUUGCCUGCUGCAGCAACAGGGGGUUCGGUUUACUGGUAUUUUGUGUUGCUGAACUAUGUUAAGGAAGAGGACCUGGCAGCUUGCAGCACCGCCUGCGCUUCCUUACUCACGGCAGUCUCCAGACAGUUACAAGAUCGACUCACACCAAUGGAGGCACUGCUGCAGACCAGGUAUGGACUGUACAGCUCCCCUUUUGAUCCGGUGCUCUUUGACCUGGAGGUGAGCGAUUCUUCUUGUAAGAACACCUUCAACAGCAGCAUUGGGAUCCAGUCGGAUGAGAUUGACCUUUCUGACAUUCUCUCAGGGAAUGGUAAAGUAAGCAGCUGUGCGGCAGCAGAGGGAAGCUUUACAGCAUUAACAGGACUCUUGGAGGUGGAGCCUUUGCACUUUACUUGUAUCUCCACUAGUGAUGGCACACGAGUGGAGCGGGACGAUGCAAGCAUGUUCACUGUGAGUACCUUCGGCGUACCCCCAACGGUCGGCGCCCUGUCAACGGGAGCGGUUGGUGAAGCGUCAACAGCUCUCAGUUCUGCAGCCCAAGUGGCACUUCAAUCUCUGUCCCACGCUAUGGUGUCAGCAGAACAACAGUUGCAGGUCCUCCAGGAGAAGCAGCAACAGCUGCUUAAGCUGCAGCAACAGGAAAAAAUACAGAAAAAAUCUUCUAUGAACACAGCUCUGAUGCAAAUUCAGAAGGCAAAGCUGGAAGCCAAGCUUCAUCAGACCACAUCAGCAGCUGCUGCUGCCACUUCUGGCGUGGGACCCAUCCACAACGCAGUGCUUUCCAACCCGUCUUCUGCGCCGGGUUUCUUCAUCCAUCCUUCUGACGUCAUCCCUCCAACACCUAAAACUACGCCCCUCUUCAUGACCCCGCCUCUUACGCCGCCAAAUGAAGCUGUAUCCGCAGCCUUCAGUGCUGAGCUGGCUCACCUCUUCCCUGGCUCCAUGAUGGACCCUGGACCUGUUAACCUGGCAGCGCACAAAAACUCCCAAAAAGCCAAACCGAGCCCAAUGGGCAGCGGUCUGGCUUUAGCCAUUUCUCAGGCAUCGCACUUCCUGCAGCCUCCCCCACAUCAGUCUAUCAUCAUCGAGCGGAUGCAUUCUGGAGCUCGUCGCUUUGUGACGCUGGACUUUGGCCGACCCGUCCUGCUGACUGAUGCGCUGAUCCCGACUUGCAGCGACCUGGCCUCUCUGUCUAUAGAUAUUUGGACGCUGGAUGAGGAGGUGGAUGGACGCAGACUGGUGGUGGCCACUGACAUCAGCACCCACUCGCUCAUUCUGCAUGACCUGCUGCCUCCGCCCACCUGCAGGUUCAUGAAGAUUACUGUGAUUGGACGCUAUGGCAGUACAAAUGCCCGGGCAAAGGUUCCAUUGGGCUUUUACUACGGCCAUACCUAUAUUCUACCCUGGGAGAAUGAGCUUAAAUUGAUUCACGAUCUCAUAAGGGGAGAUCAUGAAUCUGCUCGUCAGCCCGAUGUGGAUCAGCACUUGACCAUGAUGAUUGCAUUACAGGAAGACAUCCAGUGCAGGUACAAUCUGGCUUGUCAUCGCUUGGAGACACUCCUGCAGAAUAUCGACCUGCCACCUCUCAAUAGCGCCAACAACGCCCAGUACUUCUUACGCAAACCAGACAAGGUGGUAGAGGAGGACCAACGUGUUUUUUCAGCCUACCAAGAUUGCACCCAACUUCAGCUGCAACUCAACCUGGCCCAUCAUGCCGUCCAGCGACUGCGCGUGUCACUCGGUGCCAGUCGAAAGUCUUUCCCCACCACCAAGUCUCAGGAAGCUCCAGACCUAGUCCACAACUCCUCCACAGAGCAGCUGAGAACCAUCAUCCGCUACCUCCUGGACACGCUGCUUAGCCUGCUGCACUCUAACAAUGGCCACUCGGUGCCAUCGGUGCUCCAGAACACCUUCCAAGCGCAGGCUUGUGAGGAACUCUUCAAACACCUUUGCCUCAGUGGGACACCAAAAAUCCGUCUUCAUGCUGGCCUGCUGUUGGUGCAGCUGUGUGGGGGCGAACGCUGGUGGGGACAGUUCCUGUCUAAUGUACUGCAGGAGCUCUACAACUCUGAACAACUGCUCAUCUUCCCCCAGGACAGAGUGUUCAUGCUGCUAUCCUGCCUUGGCCAAAGAUCACUGAGCAACAGUGGCGUGUUGGAGGGUCUCCUGAACCUCCUGGACAGUCUGUUGUCUCCACUGCAGCAACCGCAAGCUGCAGCACUACACAGGACUGAAGGUGUUCUGGAUAUCCCAAUGAUCAGCUGGGUGGUGAUGCUAGUUUCCAGACUUUUGGAUUACGUGACAAGUUCAGAAGAUGAAGCUUCAGGUGGGAAGAAACAUCUUGGAGGCAAAGAGAGAGAAAGAUCUUCUACAGGAAUUCAGUGGAGCUUUAUAAACAACAGCCUUCAGUCUCAGAACAACAGUAGGGUAGCUAAAGGCAGUAGCAGCAGCCUUGACAGACUUUACUCCCGCAAGAUUCGCAAGCAACUGGUCCACCACAAGCAGCAGUUAAAUCUAUUGAAAGCCAAACAAAAAGCUUUAGUGGAGCAAAUUGAGAAAGAGAAGAUCCAAAGCAACAAAGGUUCCUCCUACAAACUACUUGUGGAGCAGGCAAAGCUCAAGCAAGCUACAUCCAAGCACUUUAAAGACCUAAUCCGUCUCCGGCGGACAGCUGAAUGGCCCCGCUCUACGUUGGACACGGAGUCUGCAACAGCCAAAGAAACACCAGAGGUUGAGCCGCUGCCUUUUACAUUGUCCCACGAGUGCUGCAUCUCAGUGGUGCAGAAGCUAGCCCUGUUUCUCCUGUCCAUGGACUUUACCUGUCACGCAGACCUUUUGCUGUUUGUCUGCAAGGUCCUUGCAAGGAUAGCUAACGCCACCAGACCUACAAUCCACCUAUCUGAGGUGGUGUCUGAGCAGCAGUUGGAGCGCCUACUUCUCCUGCUAGUAGGAACAGACUUCAAUCGGGGAGAUAUCUCCUGGGGGGGUGCCUGGGCUCAGUAUUCCCUCACCUGCAUGCUACAGGACAUCUUGGCAGGUGAACUGCUGACUCCAGGGUCUCUGGACAUUAUGGAUGAAGUUUCUGUUGCUGAGGAGGCCGGAGCAUCGUCCUCGUCUGUCGGUGUCGAUACAGAUGACCCCUUGCCUCAGCCAACACAGAUCCCCUUAGUGGAGAGCAUUGACGAGGCCCUGGUGCCCGACAUCAUUGCAGUGCCUCCACCUUUGUCAUCUUUGGAAAAAGAUAAAGACAUAGACUUUGACUUGCUACAAGACCUGAUGGAUGUUGAUAUUGAUCCUUUAGAUAUUGAUUUGGAAAAGGAUCCACUUGCUGCUAAAGUGUUCAAGCCUAUAAGCAGCACCUGGUACGACUACUGGGGUUCUGAUUACGGCACGUAUGGGUACACUCCAUUUAUUGGAGGGGUUGGUAUUCCAGUCUCCAAACCACCUGUUGCAGUUGAGAAGCCUGGGUCACAAAGUCUUACAGUCUCAGUUUCCCAAGCACUGGAUGCUCGUCUUGAGGUGGGCUUGGAGCAGCAGGCUGAAUUGAUGCUGAAAAUGAUGGCAACAUUCCAAGCCGAUUCCAUCCUACAGGCGCUUACGUCAGGCUCAUCCGCAGCCUGCCAGACCAACAACGGCACAGACGACUCUCUUUUGAGGGCUCUCCAUGGCAGUGCGUCUCCUCCUGGCAGCACCCUCAUAGUCCAGCCCUCUUCCAUUCCCAUGCUGAGUGCUUGCUUUAACAAACUCUUCUCCAUGCUGCAAGUUCACCAUGUUCAGUUGGAGUCCCUCCUGCAAUUGUGGAUUACGCUCAGUCUCAACACAAGCUCAAGUGGCAAUGAAGAUAAUGGAUCCGACAUCUUCCUGUUUAAUUCAAGCCGAGUCCCCACCAUUCCACUUAACCAAGCAUCCAUUAGCAGUUUCCUCUCUGUGCUGGCCUGGUACCCAAACACUUCUCUGAGAACAUGGUGCCUGGUGCUGCAUUCAUUGACCCUUAUGACCAACAUGCCCUGCCAUGCCUCCAGUAAUGGGAUGAGUUCACCGGAAAGCACUGCGCAGCAGAUGGUGUCCGAUCUGACGCUGGUCCAUGUUCUGGUGCGCUUCCUGUCGGGCAGCAACACCAGUGGAACUAACCAACACAGCUCUCAAGUGGGACCCACUGCCACUCAAGCUUUGCACGAGUUUCUGAGUCGCUUGCAGGUGCACCUUUCUUCCACCUGUCCACAAAUGUUCAGCGAGUUCCUCUUAAAACUUCUGCACAUCCUGUCCACAGAAAGGGGUCCGUUCCAGUCGGGUCAGGGUCCUCUGGAUGCACAGGUAAAGCUGUUGGAGUUUACAUUGGAGCAGAACUUCGAGGUGGUCUCCGUGUCCACGAUCUCUUCAGUCAUCGAGUCUGUCACGUUCCUGGUUCACCACUACAUCACUUGCGCCGACAAAGUGGUCUCACGCAGCGGCUCGGACAGCUCUGUGGGAGCUCGAGCCUGCUUUGGAGGCCUUUUUGCCAACAUCAUUCGCCCUGGAGAUGCAAAAGCCGUCUGCGGUGAAACCACACGCGAUCAGCUGAUGUUCGACCUCCUUAAGUUGGUCAACGUGCUCGUGCAGUUUCCUCUGUCAGGGGACAGAGAAUUCAGUGGUCGGAUAUCAACGGCUUGCAGCGGAGCAGCCGAUAGCAGUGUGUCAGACGAAGAGAAAGUCUGUGGCAGCAAAGAAAGUGUGGCCGGAGGAUCGUCAUCCAGUCAGGGACCGUCUGCUGGAGUGGCUGAUCUGGUCCUCGCUAAUCAGCAGAUAAUGAGUCAGAUCUUGUCUGCCCUCGGUCAAUGCAACAGCAGCGCCAUGGCCAUGAUUAUAGGAGCCAGUGGUCUUCACCUAACAAAACAUGAAAACUUUCACGGGGGUCUGGAUGCCAUUUCGGUGGGUGAUGGCCUUUUCACCAUCCUCACUACCCUUAGCAAGAAAGCCACCUCUGUGCAAGUCAUGUUGCAGCCCAUCCUCACAUACAUGGCCUGUGGAUACAUGGGUCGACAGGGGUCUCUUUCCACUUGUCAGCUGUCUGAGCCUCUUUUGUGGUUCAUUCUCCGGGUACUGGAUACGAGUGAGGCUCUCAAAGCAUUCCAUGACAUGGGUGGUGUGCAGCUGAUUUGUAACAACAUGGUGACCAGCACUCGGGCAAUUGUGAACACAGCGCGCAGCAUGGUGUCCACCAUCAUGAAGUUCUUAGAUUCUGGUCCUGGAAAGGCGUCAGACGGCAACCUUAAAGGCCGAAUGAUGACAUCCGAGCCGGACAAUGCAGAGGGACUCCACAACUUUGCCCCAUUAGGUACAAUAACAUCAAGCAGCCCCACAGCUCAACCAGCAGAAGUCCUCCUUCAAGCGACGCCGCCUCACCGCCGGGCUCGUUCUGCAGCCUGGUCCUACAUCUUCCUUCCAGAGGAGGCUUGGUGUGACCUCACCAUUCAUCUCCCUGCUGCCGUGCUGCUGAAGGAGCUCCACAUUCAGCCACAUCUUGCUUCUCUUGCUACUUGCCCAUCCUCGGUCUCUGUUGAGAUCAGCGCUGACGGAGUUAACAUGUUGCCGCUCUCCACUCCGGUCAUCACCAGCGGCCUUACAUACAUCAAGAUCCAGUUGGUCAAAGCGGAGGUUGCAUCAGCUGUAUGUUUGAGGCUUCACCGGCCACGCGAUGCCAGCACCCUUGGCCUGUCACAAAUCAAACUCUUGGGUCUGACAGCAUUUGGCAACACUUCUUCUGCAACAGUCAACAAUCCCUUCUUGCCUUCGGAGGACCAAGUCUCUAAAACCAGCAUCGGAUGGUUGCGUCUCCUUCAUCAUUGCCUGACCCACGUCAGUGACCUGGAGCCCAUGAUGGCCAGUGCAGCCGCACCUACUGCUAACCUGCUUCAGACCUGUGCCGCGCUGCUCAUGUCACCUUACUGCGGCAUGCACUCACCAAACAUUGAAGCCGUUUUAGUCAAGAUCGGCCUGCAGUCUACACGUAUUGGUCUUAAACUCAUCGACAUUCUCUUGAGAAACUGUGCUGCCACUGGCACCGACCCUUCCAACUUGAACAGUCCUCUGUUGUUUGGUCGACUAAAUGGCCUGUCUUCAGACUCCACCAUAGACAUUCUGUACCAGUUGGGCACCACUCAGGACUCAGGAACCAAGGACAGAAUCCAGGCUCUCCUGCAGUGGGUCCACGACUCUUCACGGGUUGCAGCUCUGAAAAUCCCGAUGGGCUACUCCAGCUCCAGCCGUGCUUCUUCUUCUGCUUCCUUAAGGGAGUAUGGCCUCCUCAUGCCCUCACCCUCCCAUCUGCACUGCGUGGCAGCCAUCUUGUGGCACAGCUACGAGCUGCCUGUUGACUACGACCUUCCUACGCUGCUCGACGCAGAACUUUUUAAACUUCUGUACAACUGGUCCAUGUCUUUGCCAUGCAACAUUGUGCUGAAGAAGGCUGUGGAUAGCCUCCUGUGUUCCAUGUGUCACAUCCAUCCUCGCUACUUCUCCCUGCUUAUGUCCUGGAUGGGUAUCGUAUCGACACCCAGCGCCAGUCACUCUCACGUCCAGCAGCGCCGACUCGCCAUGACUGAUGAUGGCAAAAAGCAGCACAACGCCGCCGCCACCACCAGCGGACUGACAGACGACUCGAAGCAUGCGAGGCCACCAGUUAAUUUGUCCGAGUCUCAGUUGACUACAUUGGCAGCGGCCUCUCAGUCUCCUGGAGCGAUCGAGCAGCUGCUGGACUCGGGCUUGCCUUCGUUGCUGGUUCGCAGCCUCGCCCAGUUCUGUGUUGGCCUCCUAGCCAAUGCCGACCUCCCCCUUCCCACUGCUGUGUCUGAUAGGCGCCAUCACCAGUACCAGCCGGGCUCCUCAUCUGCUCAUGGCCGCCCAGUGCUUGCCGCAGAGCUUGCAGCUCCAGUACUGCACUUCCUCACGGAGGUGGGCAACAGUCAUGCCAUGAAGGACUGGCUAGGAGGACCCGAGGUCAACCCUCUUUGGACGGCACUGCUCUUUCUGCUGUGCCACUCCAGUGCUAGCGGAAACUCAGGGUGUCAGCCAAUGGGGUCGACCUCUGCCACAUCCCCAUCUCAGCCCUCAGGCUCACGCUUUUCCCUAGCGUCUUCUGGUCUCACUGGAGGACUCUCCACCCAGCAAAGAACAGCUUUGGAGAACUCCACAGUGGCUUUCUUUCUUCAGUGCAUCUCUUGUCACCCUAAAAACCAGAGACUAAUGGCACAGGUUCUUUGUGAGCUCUUCCAGUCGGCACCACAGCGAGGUAACGUUCCAAUCUCUGGAAACAUCUCCGGCUUCAUACGAAGGUUGUUCCUGCAGCUCAUGCUGGAGGAUGAGAAAGUCACAGUAUUCCUGCAGUCUCCUUGCCCGUUAUACAAAGGACGCAUCAACGCUACCAGCCACAUGAUCCAACAUCCCAUGUACGGAGCAGGCCACAAGUACCGCACGCUCCAUUUACCUAUCUCCACCACUCUGGCUGAAGUCCUGGACCGUGUGUCUGACACACCCAGCAUUACUGCCAAGCUGAUCAGUGAACAGAAGGAGGACAAGGAGAAGAAGAAUCAUGAGGAGAAGGAGAAGAUGAAAGCGGACAGUGGCUUCCAGGACAACUAUAGCGUGGUUGUGGCCUCAGGUUUGAAGUCCCAGUCCAAGCGAGCUCUAUCAACCCCUCCUCGACCUCCAUCAAGAAGGGGUCGAGUGAUGAGCGACAAGUUGACGACUUCAUCGGUGGACCCAUCUGCCAAAACCAUCAGUGUGCCUGUUUUCCACCUCUACCACAAGCUACUUCCAGGUCAACCCUUGCCCCCUGAGAUGACUCUGGCCCAGCUACUAACUCUACUGUAUGACCGCAAGAUGCCGCAGGGCUAUCAGUCAAUCAACCUCACAGUUAGACUGGGCUCCAAGCUCAUUUCUGACCCUGGCCUUUCCAAAACCGACUCCUUCAAGCGCUUGCGCACAGAAAAAGUUGAUCAUUCUGACAUGCUGAACAGCUGCACAGACGACGAGCCCAUGUUACCAUGUGACGAAUGUCUUGAUGCGUCAACUGAUGAGACGCUACUCGAGACACACCCCAUCCAAUCACCACUUCAGGUGUUUGCCGGAAUGGGCGGCCUGGCUCUGAUUGCAGAGAGGCUGCCUAUGCUCUAUCCUGAUGUCAUUCAGCAGGUCAGUGCCCCAGUUGUGCCACCUGCAACGCAGGAAAAGCCAAAGGACACGGAUCAGUUUGAGUGGGUCACCAUUGAGCAGUCUGGAGAGCUAGUGUACGAGGCGCCCGAGUCCAUCGCCACUGAGCCGCCACCCAUCAACAAGCAGCAGUCGCAAACUUCGUCUUCAUCGUCCUCCUCAGUGCAAACAAUGUCACCGAUCCCCGCGCAUUCCUUGGCAGCGUUCGGCCUGUUUCUGCGCCUUCCAGGCUACGCCGAAGUCCUGCUGAAGGAGAGGAAACAUGCUCAGUGUCUGCUACGCCUGGUACUUGGUGUCACGGAUGAUGGCGAGGGCAGUCAUAUCCUGCAAUCUCCGUCAGCCAAUGUGUUGCCUACGCUGCCCUUUCACGUCCUGCGAGCUCUGUUCAGCAGUACUCCUCUGACCACUGAUGAUGGUGUGCUGCUACGUCGCAUGGCUUUGGAGAUUGGUGCCAUACACCUUAUUUUGGCCUGCCUAUCAGCUCUCAGCCACCAUGCCCCCCGAAACCCCAAUGCAAACAGCAAUGUCUCUGAGCCACAGAUGUCAAGCUGUCAUGGCGGAGGGACAAGCGAGGAGCAGCAGCUGUACUGGGCUAAAGGAACUGGUUUUGGCACUGGAUCCACAGCUUCAGGAUGGGAUGUUGAGCAGGCUCUCACCAAACAGAGGCUUGAAGAAGAGCACGUCACGUGUCUCUUACAAGUCUUGGCCAGCUACAUUAAUCCAGCAGGUUCCAGUAGCUUCCACAGUUCUGGUGCAUCUUCAUCAGAGAGCAGAACCCACAACAGCUCAGCACUUCCAGCAGUGCUGCAGGAGUUACUGAGCCAGUCCUGUCUUAUCCCUGCUAUGUCUUCCUACCUACGUAACGACUCUGUUCUGGACAUGGCACGUCAUGUGCCUCUGUACCGGGCGCUGCUGGAGCUGCUGAGGGCCAUAUCAACCUGCACAUCUCUCGUGCCGCUCUUACUGCCGCUGUCUGGUGACCGAGGGCAGGAGGAGGAAGAGGAUGACGAAGAGAACUCUGAGGGACAGACUUCUGUUGGGAUGCUGCUGGCCAAGAUGAAGACAUGCGUGGACACAUACACAAACCGCCUCAGGUCAAAGAAGGAUAAGAGCAAAGGUGUUGUAAAGACAGAUAGCUCGGAUCCAGAGCCUGAGGGCCUGACCCUGCUGGUGCCGGACAUCCAGAGGACAGCUGAGAUAGUCCAUGCCGCUACCACGAGCCUGCGGCAAGCAAACCAAGAGAGGAAACUCGUAGAAUCUUCAAGGAAGGUGUCCAGCAGACCCAAGCCCCUUUCCAUCCUGCGCUCUCUUGAAGAAAAAUAUGUUGCUGCCGUGAAGAAGCUACAAUUUGACACGUUUGAAAUGGUGUCGGAGGAUGAGGACGGGAAGUUGAUGUUUAAGGUCAACUACCAUUACAUGUCUCAGGUGAAGAAUGCCAACGAUACAAACAGUGCGUCCAGAUCUCGCCGUCUUGCCCAGGAGGCCGUCACCCUUUCCACCUCUUUGCCUCUGUCGUCGUCAUCGAGCGUAUUUGUCCGCUGUGAUGAGGAGAGGUUGGACAUCAUGAAGGUUCUCAUCACCGGCCCAGCUGAUACGCCAUACGCCAAUGGCUGCUUUGAAUUUGAUGUAUAUUUUCCACAAGAUUAUCCCAAUUCUCCUCCAUUGGUGAACCUGGAAACGACCGGUGGACACAGCGUUCGCUUUAACCCUAACCUCUACAAUGAUGGCAAAGUAUGCUUAAGUAUACUCAACACGUGGCAUGGAAGACCAGAGGAAAAGUGGAAUCCACAGACCUCAAGCUUUCUACAGGUGCUAGUGUCCGUUCAGUCCCUUAUCUUGGUGGCCGAGCCCUACUUUAAUGAGCCAGGAUAUGAGCGCUCACGUGGGACACCCAGUGGCACCCAGAGUUCACGAGAAUACGAUGGCAACAUACGGCAGGCCAGCGUGAAAUGGGCCAUGCUGGAACAGAUGCGCAACCCGUCACCGUGCUUCAAAGAGGUUAUCCACAAACAUUUUUUCCUAAAGAAAACAGAGAUCAUGUCGCAGUGUGAAGAAUGGAUCGCUGACAUUCAGCAGUACAGCAGUGACAAGCGAGUAGGCCGCACCAUGUCUCAUCAUGCUGCAGCACUAAAGCGACACACGGCUCAGCUGAGGGAGGAACUACUGAAGCUGCCUUGCCCAGAGGGCCUGGAAGCAGACGGCGACGAGUUGUCGGAGAAGAGCGCCGCUCUCGUCCUCAAAGACACGCCCAGCCAGGAUUUGGAGAAGCCGAGUGGCAGUCAGGACGACCUCGGCACCGAAGGCCCGCUAUGAGUCCUCGGUCCUCCUCAUCCCUCUCUCUAUAGACUGGAGGCUGCCAGCACAAAGUGGCGGUUUGUCAAUAUUUGUAUGUAAAAAUAGUCAAAUAGCGGAAAGCCACGAGCGGAACGAUGCUAUGCCCUUAAGACUUUUAUUUACCUUUAAAAAGCUUGUAAACAUUUUGUGCUUUUCUUGAUGACGUAACCACUGAUUGAUAUCUUAUUCAACGUCUUUAUGUCUACAGAAAAUGAAUAAGGGAAGCCUUUAGAAUGUUUACCCAAUUUUUUUUUUAUUUUAAUUUUUUUUUUGGUCCCUUUCUUUAUGACUGUUAGCGCGACAGUGUUUCAACUCAUUGCAAGUGAAAAUAAGGAAAUCAAAUUAGCGCCUUCCAGAAUCGACUAUAAGAAAACAACCAAUCACCUUCUGUUGCUUCAUCCAAUAUCUCCGAGAUCAUAUCCACGUCGUCAUCGUCUCCUACGCUCUGGGGUGAUGUCGGCGACUGUCCGCCCGCGGCACGCAAGGGCUGGUGCAUGUUGUACGUACGUGUGUGUGCGUGUAUGUGUGUGUGUGUGUCUCGUGUGCGUGUGCAACAAUCCCCCAGUCAGAUACAAAGCUGUGAUGUGCCUUUGAUUGACAACAUACCACCAAAUACUCCAGUACACACUUGUACCUUGACUCAAUUAUUUGCUGUUUUUACAGGAUGAUUCUGAAUUGUGCGCCGCCUGACAUAUGAAACUGCUUGGAUCUUUUUUCUAUUAAGUUGAACUUCAGUGAACAAAAAGAUGCACUUUCUAUUUUAAUCACUCCCUUGAACAGCCGCUUACUCCUUUUGCUAGGACAUUAAAUGCUUGAAAAUA